AAAUCGAGCAAAAACCAAGAUGGCUGAUCAAACCGCGUCUGCCGAGGUUGCUACCGAGAAGAUGGACACUGCUGAAGCUCCAGCUGCUGCCCCAGCCGCAUCUGCAGCCGCUCCAGCGGAAGCAGAGAGCAACGAGAAUACGACAGUUCCAUCAAACGUCUUGUCUGCCAAUGGAGGACAACAGACUGGUAAUCAAUCGGCACCGCGCAACACAAGUACUGUUCCAACUCGUCAAUAUCUCGACUCAACUGUCGUACCAAUUCUUCUGCAAGGACUCGGUGCUCUUGCUAAGGAUCGUCCAGAAAAUCCAAUCGAAUUCCUGGCUAACUUCCUGUUGCGCGAGAAAGACCGUUACAACGCUGAGAAUCAAAACCCAGCCGGCCAACAAUAAACAUUAAAAUGACACAUAUUGUGUGAAGAACCGGCAAUAUUCCCUUCUAAUUUUCGUAUAUUACAUUUUGUAACUUAUUCGUAUUCCUUCAAAUUUAAUCUGCCACCGAGCGCUUUAUAUAUUUCUUCAUCAUGAUUUACUCUUCACCCGUUUCAUACAUGUUUCUAUGAAUGAAUCGAUACCAAUCAU